UUAUUAAAUUUUUUCAAAAAUCCAUAUUAUACAUAUUAUUUAAGAUUGGGUGCAUAUAUAACUUAAUACGGUCCUGUUUAAAAUCCAUUCACAGAAUGAACGUACCGCCUUGUAUUCUGUUCAUGUACUCACUCAGUAGUGUCAUGGAGGUAACAUGGCCGAAGAGACGCGCCUAGUUCGCGUUGAAGAAAGAUUAAAGAUAAAAAUUGGUGAGGUAAAAAAUUUACAAAGCAGAAAUCAUGGAUCUCCUGGUGCAAGAGAUGUAUAUUGUGUAUUAUCUCUUGAUCAAGAAGAAAUAUUUAGAACAACAACAAUGGAAAGAACUCUCAAUCCAUUUUUUGGAGAAGAAUUUCAAUUCGAAGUGCCUAGAAAAUUUCGUUAUCUUGGGAUUUAUGUUUAUGAUCGUGAUAGACAUUUAAAACAAGAUAAAAUUUUGGGUAAAGUAGCAAUAAAAAGAGAAGAUUUGACAACAUAUCAUAAUAAGGAACAUUGGUUUCCAUUAAGACCAGUUGAUGCUGAUUCUGAGGUGCAAGGUAAAGCACAUUUGGAAAUCUCUCUUCAAUCUCAAAUUGGACAUGCUCAAUCUAAGCUUACAGUAAGGGUGAUAGAAUGUAGUGAAUUAACUAUUAAAAAUGGUGGCUGUGAUCCAUUUGCAAUUGUUACAGUCAUCUAUAGUAAUGGCAAACAAGUAUUAAAACGCACAAAAAUUAAAAAAAAAACAGUAUCUCCAUAUUUUAAUGAAACAUUUAUUUUUGAGCCAGAAAUAACAGAAUCUAAAGAAAAAGAUAUUUCUCAUUAUUCUCUUGAACAUGGAGAAGUGAAUGAAGUAAUUGUAGGUUUAUGGCAUGCAUCUUCAGGAAUGGGAGAACAGCCAGCUUUUCUUGGUGAAGUUAGAGUUACUUUAAGAGGCCUACAAAAACAAUCAACUAAUUCAACAACUGCAUGGUAUUUUUUACAACCUAGAGCAGUAAAACAUCGUCCAAAUAAAAUUUCAAAUAGUUCCACGUCACCUGGCGUACUUCCAGGUUUAGGAUCUCUGCGGUUAAAAAUACAUUAUACAGCUGAUCAUGUUUUUCCAUCAGCAAUGUAUGAUAGACUUAGAAAUUUGUUGUUACAAAGUGUCAAUAUUCAACCAAUAACAUCUUCUGCCGUUUAUAUUUUGGGAGAAAUUGUAUCAAGUAAAAUGGAAGCAGCUCAACCAUUAGUUAGGGUAUUAGUACAUUAUGGUCAAUUGGUUUCUGUAAUGAGAGCUUUAGCUAGUCAUGAAAUUUCUAAAUUAACUGAUCCAACAACAAUAUUUCGUGGCAAUACAUUAGUAAGUAAGAUGAUGGAUGAAGGUAUGAGAUUAGCAGGUCUCCAUUAUUUACAUAGUACUCUUCGACCAGCUAUGAAACAAGUUUUUUUAGAGAAAAAAUCAUGUGAAAUAGAUCCAACAAGAGUAAAAGAUGCAAAUACAAUUCAAACUAAUUUAACAAAUUUAAAGGAAUAUGUUGAGAGAGUAUUUAUUGCUAUUACAACAUCUGGCGUACGAUGUCCAUCAUUAAUGUGUGAAAUGUUUUGGUGCUUAAAAGAACUUGCAGCAACACAUUUUCCAAAAAAUAAAGAAGUAAGAUAUUCAGUCAUCAGUGGAUUUAUUUUUUUACGAUUUUUUGCUCCUGCAAUAUUGGGUCCAAGAUUAUUUGAUAUUACUACUGAACAAAUUGAUUCUCAGACUAAUAGAACUUUAACAUUAAUUUCUAAAACAAUUCAAAGUCUAGGAAAUUUAGUAAGUUGUAGAGGAGGAGCAGGUAGUGUUUGUAAAGAAGAAUAUAUGGAAUGUGUGUACAGAGAAUUUUAUACAGAAAAGCACAUACAAGCAGUUAAACAAUUUUUAGAAUUAAUAUCAACUAGUAGUAAUAGUAAUAUUGCAAAACAACGAACAAGUACUCAACAAGAACAACCAAUUGUAUUAAAAGAAGGAAUAUAUUUUCUCUUCAUGCAUACUGCUGAUUGUAAGAAGAGAGUAAUGAUUAAAAGGGCACAAGGUAGAAAACGCUUUGGUCGGAAAAAUUUUAAACAAAGAUAUUUUAAACUUACUACACAGGAUUUGUCUUAUUCAAAAACAAAAGGCAAGGAACCUUUAUGUAAAAUACCACUUGAAGAAAUAUUGGCAGUUGAAAAACUUCACGAAGAUUCUUUUAAAAUGAAAAAUAUAUUUCAAAUUAUUCAAUCACAGAGGGCAUUGUAUGUUCAAGCAGGAAAUUGUGUAGAAGAAAAAGAAUGGAUUGAUAUUUUAACAAAAAUUUGUCGUACAAAUAGUAAUCGAUUAGAAAAAUAUCAUCCAAGUGCAUAUAUUAAUGGCCAUUGGCUUUGUUGUAAAGCAAUAGCAGAAAUUGCUCCAGGAUGUAGUGAAGUAUCACCGGGAGUAGAAGCUGGAUUGCGUAUGGUUUUAGAUCCAGAUCGAGAUUUGCAACGAAUACAUUCUCUAAUAUUUACAAAUAUGCCACGUCUCGAAACUUUAAUGAGUGCAUGUGAAUGUCAAGCUGUUUAUGGAGCUAAUGAUAUGUGUAUUAUACCAGGUGGUGGAUCUCCUAUAGAAGAUGUGCCAUCUUGUUUUAAAACUUUAACUGCAUUAAGAGAAGCUGCAUAUGCUUUACAGCACGAGCAUAGAGCUUAUUUUAGGAGAUUAGCACGUGAUACUAAAUAUGGAAGCAAGCAAGCUCCAAUUGGAGAUGACAAUUAUCUUCAUUUAGCUGCAAGAGCUGGAUUUGAAGGCCAAUUAACAAAACGUGCUUAUGAAAUAGAUAAUUUAAAUCACUACAUAGAAUCAGAUCAUUGUUAUGACAGUGGACUUUCUAGACGAAUAGAGGAUCAACAAUCAUAUGAUGAAACAUUUAGAAAACGUCUAGAUUCUGGUUCAAUACAUCGUAGGUAUGAAAACGAAAAUAAUAUACUACGACGAUAUGAAAAUAAUACCGAAAUUAUUAAAAGUAUUCAGAAUGAUCUCAAAACAUUUGAUCAUAGUCUAAACAAUACGUUUAGAACAGAUAAUUCUGAAAAAAAUGUAAAUUUAGAAAAUAAUAGAAUUUUAGAUAAUUCAAAUAUUUUAGCAAUAGAUGAAAUUAAUAUUUCUAGUACAUUACACUCAAGAAAGUUUAAUAGCUAUGACCAUACUAAAAUAUUAAAUGAAUGUACAGUAACAAAGUUUAAAGGUGAUAAAUCUGAUAUAUCUUGUAAUUCUAUAAAUGAUCAUACUAAUUAAUUCAAAACUUUAAAGAUGAAAAUAUGUUCCUAUAAAGAUUUUUAAGAUAUUAUUUCAUAU